ACUGGCUGGUCAGAAAGUACUGCAGGCGGUGCAGACAGUACACGGCCUGGCGGCUUAGGUUACGUUUGGUGGCUGAGUUAGGUCUCAGUAUCGUGGUAACUUCGCAGCAACCAUGGCGACGUCGGGAGGUCCAGUGAAGUGCACAAGUGACGAAGAGACUCAUGAAAAUAUGGCAUACGUUUACUACAGUUCAGACACAUCCUGCUAAACAGAAAACAAAGCACGCUGGUGACCCGAAUUGAUUGGUGUGUUUCCUGUUACAAGCUGCGGGAGAAAGUCGUGUUCUGACUGUACUGUGUACUGUACGAUAUCUGACAAAAGUUUGUCACAGCUUGAAGAGUUGUAUUGCCUGAAGCGGGCAACAUAGGGGUGCGACGUGCGCAUGGUAUGGACAAGGUGCUGCUGCUGUGCGAGGUGCUGCUGGCGCUCAUCUUCCUGACCGGGACCGCUGCCAACGCCACCGUCCUGCUCGUUCUGUACAGACGACCGGCCCUCAGAACGCUGUCAAACAGAUUCGUCAUCAACCUGCUGUGUACCAACCUGACGUCGACCUGCGUGCUCCUGCCCCUGGCACUGCUGAACGCCAUCGAGCAUCCCAUAGGCGAGGGUGUGGCGGCAGCCACGUGUGUCGCGUCGGUGCUGGCCGUGCUGCUCAUCUCGCUGGACCAGUAUUGUGCAGUGGUGGAUCCUCUGCGCUACCACGCGCGCAUCAGCAAGGCACGCUCUGUCGGCCUGAUGCUAGCCGCGUGGAGUUUGGCCUGCUUGCUCGGCGUGCUUCACGGAGCGGGGGAGUGGAGCGAACAUGACGAUUACCGCUCCACCUUCGCCGCUAUUUUCUUCGCCCUCGUCUUCUUCCUGCCAUUCAUCGCCAUCUUGUGGAUGUACGUGUGCAUCUACUCCGCGGCACACACCAAUAGCAAACGCAGGCGCAAGACGGGGUCGGGACCUAUCACGCCGCCCGAGCAGCCGGAGCCCCUUCCCAGGACGGGAAGCGAUGAGCCGAGCGUGCGCAGUACUAUGAUCUCGCUCAAGUAUCGCAUCUCAAACGCCAGCAUGUUCCGCUACCGUGAGGAAACGCGUGCAGCCCGCGUCUCGGCGCUGGUUAUCGUCAUGGCGCUGGUAUGCUGGCUGCCCUACGUUACGGUUCUGGGCCUGCGCACUCUGACGUUCAUACCACGCUACGUGCACUAUGCGAGCAUCACGCUCCUAGUUUCCGCAGCUCUCAUAUCGCCUUGCCUCUUCGCCUAUCGCAACCGGCGUAUCCAACGAGAGGCCCGCAGACUGCUGGGGAUCCCCCGCCGGGAUAGGGAACGCCAAAGUCGACGUUUGCCGCAGCAACAAAAGUUUUUGCCAGCGCUACAGCUCAUGUCACGGAAAGGAAACAAGAGGCAGAUCAGUUUCUUCGUAAGUUACGUGAAUGUGCAAGAUCCGGCUAAGGGAGAGUUUGUGGAGAUCCCCGAAAGUGCUCUAGCCGUGGACACAUCCCGCAGUUCCUUCUCGAGCGGGGGCAGCACACAGGGAACUUCGUCCACUAUGGAGACCGACUGAAGCCACAGCGGAGUGAACAGUCUCGAUACUAGUCAGGAUUCUCGAGCACUGCCUCUUCAGCAGUUGCCUCGUAACUUUGGCCACCUCUAAGUCGGCGAGUCAUACUUAUGCAGUCAACAAGUUUCUAAGAAGUCUAGCCAGGGCUUGAAAUGAAUGUGAACUGUGCACUCGCAGUUACAUAAACACGGGGUGUCGCAACCAGAGCGUCUGCCGAUGCUUUCUCGUGUCUGUGCCCCAUGAACUCAAAAACAGACUGAGAAAAGGUAAUUUGUCAUAUAGCAUGAAAAUAUGUUGGAACUGGAAAAUUAACAUAGGGACAUGAAACUUAAAGUGCAACAUCUAAACAGAUGCAAGUUCUGGUUCCUUCAUUGUCAUCAGAAUUUCUCAGUCAGUUACAAAGUUCGUAUUCAGGCUGAAAAGACGAUCCUCCGCACACAGUCUGUGGUGUGAAGAGCAGAUCACGAAAGAAAACUAACAGAAUUAGUUCACAAAAUAAACGCAUCUGAUCUUCUCAUGGCGGUGACUACGAAGGCUGCUGUCGCCUGGGCAUGACGCCGUGCAGUCUGGUAGAUGGGUACCAACAUUUCGGUGGAAUCUGCUGCCUCCAUAUUACACUCUACGCAUGGAUGUCGUUCUCCAAGGAAGAAUAUUCGAGCGAAACAGUGGCUCAGAGUCAAGUGAUAGGAGGUAGAGGGAGGUCACUUGGACCCUACAGAGGGCAGAGUGAUUGGGAGAAAACAAAACAGUAACAGGAAUUUAUUCGAAGAUAAAGUGGAGGAUGAAGGAGAGGAAGAGAGAACAAUUAAAAUUAAUAUAGAACGUAGGAGAAGGGACGAUUAUGAAUGCCCUAACAAGGGCGGUUUUUGGCGUACUGGCCUGGCUUGAGAAACAUAAUCGCCGGAAAUUCUACAAAAUAUCCCUUCUACUUUCUUUCAGGGAGUAAAUGGAGAGGUUUUCAUGGCUUGCUUAGGCAGAUGGCAUGCCUUCUUCUCCGUUUCCCAUAUUCAUACUACAUUCUUCCAUGCUCGCCUUUCUGCUCUGCACUGAACACAGAGACAGCAGGUUCUUCCGAAACGUUGGCAACGAUAUACCAGGCUACAGUGCGUUACGUCUCAGAGCACAGUUCUUCAUAGUCACUGGAGUGAGAACCUCGUACCUCAUGACGGUCAAUAAAUGUUUGCUGUAAGAAUAUUCAUGUCGGAUACUAGUGAUGGUCUCCAGUAAUGAGGAGAGCCUCCAGAAAUAAAACAGAAACUGUCCGUCCCACGUGUGCAAGUACAUUUUUAACCAUAAAUUAAAAGACAUGUGUGGAAUUCCAUUACGUACGCCAAAACAAGUGGUUGGCAGAAUGCCACACAAACUGCUUCUUGCUGUAAGGUUGCCUUGUCAUUGCAUAACCCUUUCAGAUCGUUCAGAGGCCAGUUUUUCAGUGAAGAGAUGCUUUUCCGAACAGUUCAGCAGUAGCGACGACAUCAAAUCUUUUUUUCCAACUCCUAAUUUCUCUUCGUUUUCUCCCGUUUCUCUUACGUCAUCUUUCCUCCCUUCAUUUCCACCUCUUCUCUCUUCCCGCCCUUCUCCAUCUUCUCCACUCUUCUUAGCAAUCUUCAUCGCUUACCACCUCUGUUCUUCUGUGCUGAGUACUGGGGCGCGCAUCUCCUUGGAAUGUACGUACGAUAUAUGCGGACAUCUUGAUGGUGGUUGCCUCGAACAGGUGCUAAGUAGGCUUACCAGCUCUGUGGUCUUGUCUCGACGUCUAGCGUUUAACAGUUAGGUGUAGGUUUCUUAGUGUGGGCCGCGACAGCUCAGUCGAUAUAGCAACUAGUCUAUGGGCUGGAUAACUGGGGUUCGAUUCCCGCCAAGGAUAACAGACUGUUCCCUUGGUCCAGCCCGGGUCCGGGCCCUACCCAGUGUCCUAUCCAGUGGUUACCGGGGGGAUCUUUCCCCGGGUAUAAAGAGGCCAGCGCGUGAAGCUGAGCACUCACCUCCAUCUAGUGCGGAGAUCAAGAAUGGUGGACCUAAACCUCCUCUACUUCAUAUGACGUCAUGGUGUAGAAAUGAAGCACAGGGACACCUUUACCUUUACAUGUGAGGCUGUAAGUGGGGUGAUACAAUUCGGCAUGCUCUGCGCAUGUCCGCACAUACGCAUGUUGCAGAGGGAUGGGCGCUCCAGGACUCAGCACGAAGAUUGCUAAGGAGGGUGGAGAUAAGAGGUGGAAAUGAAGGUGAAGGAAAGAGACGAUAGAAGGGAAGGAGGAGAAAAUGAAGAGAAAUAAGGGGAUUGAAAAAAAAA